CCAUCUUGCUCUGGCCGACGUCCGGCUUCCGUCACGAUGCGGUGCGCUGCCCAGCACCCAGAAAUUGUCCUGAUCCAAUGAAGCUCGCCUGGAGAAUCAAAUCCCCUCCAAUAAACAGCGACGGAAUAAAGAUACGGGUGCGGUACCCAAUGGGCAGUGUUUCUGGUUUGCAAUUCCGUCAAUAGCGAUCGUCGAUCAUGCAAGCCAUCUAGACCAUGCCUGCAAAUCCGCCGCAGACACUUGGGACAAUUCUCCUGACCUGGAUUGCCUGGAGAGACCUAUACUCGUCCUCAACUCAUAGUCAGCUGGAUGAUCAUGGUGCAAUGUUAGAUCGCGCCCUUGGGCCAACCGAUAUGCUACAAAGAACGGACAAAAGUAGCACCUCGCUCCUGCUUCCACUUACCCCAGAUUCUGCAUCUUCUCCAGUGCACAUGGCCUGAAUUGUAAUUCCGAGCUUUCUGGGAUAUCAUCAUAAAGAUGCAAGCACCAUCGCGCGACUUCAGACACACAGCUUCGUCACCACGGCAGGAAACAUACAGUCAGGUGACAUCGCGUGAUAGCAACGCGCGGAUGCCACGACAAAUCCUUCCCCGCCCUCAGGAGGCUUCGGCGGAUGUACCGACAUCAUUACUCCCAGCAGAGAGAUUCCUGCGUCGCUACCGCACCAACGUGACCGUGGCUUGCGACCAUUGCAAGAUCAAAAGGGUAAAGUGCGACGGAAAGAAUCCUUGUUCGCGGUGCGUGACCAAGUCGCUCGCCUGCAGUUACGGCCAAGGCAGCGACGGCCGCCGUGGUCGAAGCUCAUCGAGUGAAGUACAGGCUCUGUUGGAAAAGGUCGACCAAUAUCAGCGCUUCUUCGACAUCCUUCGCACCGUUCCGGCCGCUGAUGCCGUACGAAUCCUGCACCAUUUGAGAUCAUCUCAGCCAAACAUGGCGGAUUCGCUAGAUUCAACGCACGACGCCGCUCUUGCGGGAGCCUUGCAGUUCCCCGAGUCAUUGGCGUCUUGUCCAUCCACUCCGGAUGGUAAUCUGCCUCCCUCCUCACUCCACGCAUGGAGGCAGCCGAUAUCCCUGCUCACCGACAACCCAUCGACGCCCGCUUCAUCUGACUAUGGCGCGCAUCACCAAGCACCUCUCGCCUCGCCUAUUGCCAGGGGUGGCAAUGCAGCUGUAAUGGAUCCACAAUAUGCCACGAUAUCGGACCAGUUCGACGUGUUCGGUCUCGGCAGCACCCUUCCAAGCGAAGGCCAGUCGACAUGCGACCACGAACUCCGGCCUCAAUUCGUCGACUCGACAGGGACACUGAACAGCAUGCCUGUUCCGGUGUCGCCGGCAAGCUCGGAGCUCACCGCAUCGGCCCCCUGGUAUAGUCAGACGAACACCAACUUCCAUCAGGCAAGCGCCUGGCUGAAGCAGGAUAUUGAUCAGAUGAGUCUCUGCCUCGACUCAAGAGCCAGGCAAGACAAAAAAGGGGACAGGCGCCAAGGCCGCUUCUGCCACUAUGGCGUUUCGCUUCGCUUACGAUCGAGAUGAGCGCAUGAAUACUGUAGUCAUUGACCACGCCGCUAGCAUUGCAAAAGCGGUACCGGCAAGCCUCAUGGACUGACGACUUCUAUAAGGCAUUCGAUGGUUCCUGACGUGAACAAACGGUUGCAUCAAGAGGAGUAUCCUCGCACCGACAUGAGGUCUUUAUGGGAUGUGUUGGGGUUGUGUGAUAUCAUAGUGCGUCUACUUGCCUUUUGGGCUUGCUUGACCAAAGGUCCCACGCCUCGGAGAACACGUCAGUCUGCCCACAUACAUUUGUUGCGACCGCUGGCGUGUAAGGGAAGGGCAAGCGCUUCAAGGGCUGGACCUUGAUGGUUCGCGCGAGGACAAGGUCAUUUGUGAUAUUGAUAUCAAACCUUUACGGGCUUCCCAAUUCGUACCCUGGCGCCCCAAUGUGGCAGAAGCUGGGUCGGACAGGGCCAUCGAUGGGGGUUCCACACACUGAGAGGUGUAGCCAGCCAGAAAAUGACUGUGAGUCUCACAGGAAUCAACGAAAGGGCUUGUGCAUGCGAAAGGGCGACAGGACGGAAGCCGGAAGGCUGAUAAAGAUUCCGUGGGAAACCCAUGUGGGAAAUUUUCUGCACGGAGGACAUAUGUUUCUAAUUUAGAUACACUAUGUCGUAGCUACACCACCGAGCGAGACGUAACUACCUUAGUCUCGUCGUCACAUAUUCCGG